AUGUCACGGGCAUCAAAACUUACCUUGGCCGGUACUACGUUGAUUACCGCCGGCAUUGUCUAUUUCGUCCAUUGGUCGCAGGAAUCUGAGAAAGCUGCGAUGCAUGCAGGUGUCGAACGAGAUCUCGAAAUCCAACGGAUCAAACAAGAACGAAAAGCAGAUUUUGAGAUGCAGCGGGCACUGGAAGCUGAAUACAGGAAAAUCCAAACAGUUUCUGACAGCGGGAAUGGGGGGGGUUUAAGUAGCGAUGUUGGAACCGGGGUUAGACCAGGAGCUACAUAG